CGAAUAGACGACCUACAUUUUCCUGUUGAGGGUCCUUUUUUAGCGUCGGUUGCGUAGAAACUGUUGUAAAUUUUUGAAGCACUUUCAUAAUAACGAAGUGUCGCUCUAGUUACAUCGAAAAUUUACCUAGUCGUGGUUAUAUGUUCAGUCAAACGGCGCUGCUUUUUAUUUUUGUUCAACUGAACAACUUUGAACUGAUAAUCUUGUAUAAAUAGUCGCGUCUGUGGAGCAAUUUGGCGAAUGAUGAAUGGAAGGGAUUUGGUUAUCUCUAAUGAUUAAUUAAAACGGAGCAAAAAGAAAAGCCUAACCGGAGAAGUCGAAGGCGGUAUCGGAUGAAGGGGCUGUGUGCCCUUAUUUAGUUUACCGUAGAUGUUCGCUGCUUGCUUCUAAGGUCGGGAUCGCGUUUUUAACCCCGCAAAGCCAAAAUAUGGCCGAGAAUGCUGCUGGUUUUUCCGAUCUGAAUCAAGAUAAGUAUGACAAAGAUGAACUUAAAAUCAUCUGUUUGGGCGACAGCGCUGUUGGAAAAUCAAAGUUGAUGGAGAGGUUCCUCAUGCAAGUGUAUCAUUCCAAAGACCUGUCUACCUAUGCACUCACACUUUACAAAUAUCCAACAACUGUGGAUGGAAAAACUAUCUUAGUAGAUUUUUGGGAUACUGCUGGACAGGAGAAAUUUCAGAGUAUGCAUCCUUCUUACUACCACAAAGCUCAUGCCUGCAUUAUGGUUUUUGACAUUCAGAGAAAGAUAACCUAUAAAAAUCUUGGCAACUGGUACAAAGAAUUAAGGGAGUAUCGCCCAGAAAUCCCAUGCAUAUUAGUUGCAAAUAAAAUUGAUGCUGACAUGAAGGUAACCCAGAAAAACUUCAGUUUUGCCAAAAAGCACGGACUUCCUUUCUAUUUUGUUUCUGCUGCAGAUGGCACAAAUGUAGUUAAGCUGUUCAGAGAUGCAAUCAAACUGGCAUUAUCUUAUAAGCUAAAUUCCUGUGAUUUCAUGGAUGAAGUCAUGCGAGAAUUAGAGAACUUUGACAUGGACAAGAAAGAUGACUACUCAGAUAAAGAAGACGACAGUUUAAAGGAAGACAAAAUCAAAAAGACAUGACCUACCCUGGUCGUCAUAAAAUGAUGUGGGUUUUAAGUGGAAUAGUAUCUUAUUAUUUUAUUUUCCUGACAGUCUUUGAAAGGAGAAUCUGUGUGACUGCUGAAAACACACCAGUGAGAAAUAUACAUUACCUAAAAUAUCUGACCAUGUUAAACUCUAUUCGAAUUCAGAUUUGUCCCAUCAGAACAAACACUGUACUGUGCAGACUGCUAUUGUUCCAUUUUAUGAUUAACUGAGUCCUGAGGAUUGAUUUUGUUGCUUUAUUUAAAACUGUGAAUAUUACUGCCACAGCCUAAAGGUGAGUAGUGAGAAAAACACUCUAUAAAUGUGAGGAAUUAUUAUUAUUGUCUGCAAUAGAACUGCAUUAAAAUGAAAAGGAGAGAGUCCUUUUACAGAUUGUCUUUUAAGAGCUCAUAUUUGGAGUUGUUGUUAAAGUUUAAAAAGUAACAUUUCAUAAUAGUUAAUUUUAUUUUUUUAUUACUAGAUAUUAAUAAAGCAUUUAGCAAUUCCUUUCGCCUAGUGGGUAAGUUCGAAUCCUUGGCUCAGUUGAACAUCCCACAGUUCAUUUACUAACAUUUUCAAAAAUAAAUUCUUUACAAUAGAUCAUAUAACAGUAACAUACUUUCUAAACAGUACAUAUCUAAUUCAAUUCUAAUUUAUUACCAGCUUGGACUGGGCCUCUCAUCACUUGCACUUCUAGCAGGUUUCGUCUCCACCGUGUACUUUUCAUGGAAUGUAAACACUACUGGUGUUCCUGGUUUGUGAAACAAAAACCUGUGAGCACGACAUUGAAAUGUAGGUGCACAAAAGAGACGUGUGGCAGCCUGUUGUACAAGGUAUGUAUUACAUUGCAAUAAACAUGUACCCUCA